AUGAACCGUGUCCCCCUUCACCAGCCACAGAGCUGUGGGCCCUGGGAGCUGAAGGAACGUCUGGGGACCGGAGGCUUUGGGAACGUCACUAGAUGGCAAAAUAAGGAUACAGAGGAACAGAUCGCAAUCAAACAGUGCCGCCAGGAGCUGAGUGAGCGGAACAAAGAGAGAUGGUCUCUGGAGAUCCAGAUCAUGAAGAGGGAUGCAAAAGCUCGUCGCCACCAACGACCUGCCACUCCUGGCCAUGGAAUACUGCCAAGGAGGGGAUCUGAGAAAGUAUCUGAAGCUCUUGAGAACGGCUGCGGAAUGCGCGAGGCCUCCGUUUUGAUUUUGUUGUGCGACAUUUCCUCAGCUCUGACCUACCUCCACAAGAAGCGGAUCAUCCACCGAGAUUUGAAGCCUGAAAACAUUGUGCUGCAGCAGGGGGAGAAGCGGUUGAUCCACAAGAUCAUUGAACUCGGUUAUGCGAAGGAGCUGGACCAGAGCAGCCUUUGCACUUCCUUUGUGGGAACAUUGCAGUACUUGGCUCCCGAGCUGAUUGAGAGGAAGAAGUACACGGUCGCUGUGGACUACUGGAGCUUUGGGACAUUGGUGUUUGAGUGUAUCACAGGAUUUCGGCCCUUUCUGCCGACCUUGCAACCUGUUCUCUGGCACAAUAAACUGCGACUGAAACAAGACAGUGACAUUGUCGUCUACGAAGACCUGUCCGGGGUGGUCCGCUUCUCCAAACAUCUUCCUCAGCCCAACAACCUCAGCAGUCUUUUAGCGGAGAAGCUGGAGAGGUGGCUGCGGCUGAUGCUCAAGUGGUCUCCCCAAGAAAGGGGCAAAGACCCGGAUGCCACGCCCAGCAACUGCUUCUCACAGCUGGAACUUAUUUUGCAGCUCAAAAUGGUUCACGUAUUGAACAUGACCACCGCCAAGAUCCUGAGUUACGCGGUUGUGGAUGACGAGACCGUGGCUGAGCUGCAGAAGAGAAUUGAAGAAGACACAAGCAUCCCUGCGGCCAACCAGGAGUUGCUGCUGGAGGCCGGUUUAGCCCUGGAGCCGCAUGGGUUGGCCACACAGUGCGCCAUCGAUUAUGCCGAGAUCGAUGGUCGGCGGACGGACUUCCCUCUCAUCUUUCUCUUUGAUCGCUCCUCUUGUAGUUAUGAGCCACCACCGACUCCUCGCACCCUUCCAGAAAACAUCUGUUUUGUCCAAAGGGAUCCAAAGCACAAUCUUCCUUACAGCCCUCUGAGGAGAACUUAUGGCCAGGCGUGGCACACCAUUCGUUCGCUGAAGGAGGACUGGCAGAGACUGCAGCAGGGACAGAAAGCAGCCAUCAUGAGUUUGCUUAGGCACAACUCAUCCCUGUCCAAGCAGAAGAACGAGAUGGUGUCCAUGCACCAGAGACUCGUGGCCAAGUUGGACUUCUUCACUACCAGCCUUCACAUAGACAUGGACAAAUAUCAAGAGCAGACUGCCACUGGGAUUGCUUCAGAGAAACUACUGGGAGUGUGGAGGGAAAUGGAGCAGACUGCCAGCAGCUGUGGUCAGCCCAAAGUGAGUGAACUUGAGGAGGAGAUGAUGCACCUCCAACAAGACAUUCUGGAUGUUCAGCGUCAGCCGUGGAGGAGCGGAGAGGCUUUGGACACACUUGAAGGAAAGGCCAUGGAGAUGCUGCGCAAACUACGAGAGAAACCCAAAGAGCAACGUUGUUCUGGGGAUGGUCAGGAGGUGCUGCGUCUGGUGCUUCAGGCGGUGCAGUUCUACGAGAGGAAGCUUCGUGACUUCUACACGCACCUCAGUAAGACGAGUGUUUGUCGUCAGCGUGUCAUGGAGCUGCUGCCAAAGGUGGAAGGUGUGGUGCAAGAGAUGGCUGAGAGCAAACAGGUCCUGAUGGGUCUGCAGGAGAAACGCCAAAGGGAGCUGUGGAACCUCCUCAAAGUGGCCUGCAGUAAAGUUCGAAGCCCAGUAAGUGGGAGUCCUGAUGGAUCUCGUGCACCUUCUUCAGUGCCUCCUCUGAUGACCCCCCGGCACAGUUUACAGCAGUUGGACGAGUCUCUGGUGGAGGAGAGCAGGACCUUUGAGAGCCGACUGCAGAGUUUGCUGCACGACACCAUUCAGGAGUCCGAAAGCAGGAUGGAGAUGCUGAGGGAGUGGACGUGGCUGGAAGGGAACAACAGUUUCUCCAGAGACCUGUCGUAGAGAUACGUCGACUCGCUGCCAUCAAAUGCACGUUUGUGCAGCUUUAACGGGGACACGCCCCUCAUCCUUCAUAAAUUUACUUACUUACUUACUCACGUCUUACUUUUGUCCAGGGUAAACUGUUGUUUACGGUCCAAAGAACAAAACCUCAGACUAUUCCACAGCCUCGAAUGUUAUUCAUGCAUUGUUUUAUAUUAAAGAAUAGUUGGGCAGUAUUGUAUCUCGAUAGAUACAAUAUGAUUAUGACAGUGAUCUUUGAGCCCAGUAAAUUGAUUAGACUAUAAUGGAAUCCAUAGAAUCUGGUCUGAAGCCGUUUCACGAUUAUAAGAAGUUUUUCUCCAUUUGUCCAAUUUCUACAGUGCUUGUCUUGGAAGUUAUUCCAGCAGACUUUGACCGAGAGACAGGACCGGGUCCUCCUUGGACUGGGCAAGAGCCAAUCACAAGGCAGGUUUUAAACAAUCGUCCCCAAAGAUCCACGGUGGGAGCUCAUCCAGUGGAAUUUUUAAAC